CAGAGGAGAGCGAGCCCCCUCUGCUCAGUAACCACUGAGCUGCUCCGUCCUCUGAAGGCAGCUCCGUGAACGUUUCCAGACGAGAGCAGAGACAUCAGAGGCGGAGGAGCGGAGCUGGAGGAUCUACCGGUGUCAACACCAGAGGAUUACAGCUGGUGGACUAAUGAACACUCAUUCAUAUCUGGGGAACAAGUGACUUCCUGUCGCCACCGAGUCCCGUGGAGCCAACUCACUGAGCGCCCAGUGAUCUCCCACUGCUCAGCCGUGAAGUGGCAGCGCGAUACCGGAUACCGGAGCUUUCUUAAAGACGAGCCCCUGAGCUUCACGGAGGGAUGCACCGAUACCGAGGCAGCAUGUAGGGACAUUAUGAUCUUGCAAUAGUCGAGGCCAGGACCAGCUCUGCCUUUAACCCUGAGCUGCUGCUGCUGCUGGAGUUUAGAAACUCAGCACUGUUUUGCAGUGUUGACACUCAUGACUGCUUCUCACGGUGAAGUCAUUUAGGUUUCAUUCUGUAAUUGAAUCCCGUGAAGUUCUGUCCCUGCGAGUUGUCUUGAAAACUGGUGUGAAACGGUGAGUGUUUCAGAGGUGCUCUGUGUAUAACAUGACUGCUCGGACGGACUGCUUUUGGAAGUGGGAUUGUGCUCCUGAAGAGUUGCCAUCCCGUUCAUGUGCUGUUCCCAUUAUUUUGUGCAGCAGCUGCAGCUCCACUGCAGCCUGUCUGUGCUCAGUGUGUGUAUCAGUGUGGGUUAUUCACAGUGCUGCUAUGUAGACUGACUGGAGCCACACUCAGACAGCUCCACUGUAACCCUGAUUCUGAGGCACAGGCCCGAGCUGCUCACACAGAAAGAAACCUUUACAGCCGAGGGGGAAAGCUCUCUGCAAGUCUCCAUCCAGGGGGACCACUUGUGUGGAACAGCAGAUGUUACACAGCUUUGUGUACUAAUGUGGAUUAUUCAGGAUGCUGCUAUGCAGACAGAGUGGAGCCACAGAAAACCUGCUGGUGAAGUUAAAGUAACACACUGCGGUGCAGUUUCUGUCAGUGCCGUUGAACAGUUUGUUACACACUUGGCUGCUGAAGGUCCUUGCAGGGUUUAGAUAGUGUUUAACUGGACAAAACUCAUACCGGUUAAUCGUGUGCACAUUAUAAACCAGAACGUUUGACAUAGACUGGGACCAAAAGUUUUGUCUGAAACACAAAAAUCCUCUGACUUUUUACUGUUAUGCCUCCAGCAGGUGAACCUAUAGAAAGAUGACACUCACUCUUAAAUAGCGAGUUAAACUUUGUGGAAUUGAAACAUUUCCGCUUUGUUAGUUCAGUUAAACAUCCAUUUUGCAGUUGGAAUUAGAUUUAUUGCUUAACUUUAUUUCACUUUAUCUGGUUAGUUUCACUCAUUUUUGGAAAAUGAAGAAUCCUCAUCCACUGAGCAAUACGUGGCAAAGACCCCUUAACAAAGACCAAGUACUGAUCUCUGCACCAGGCACUAACAAGAAGUUCAAGAGGAAGUCCCGUGAGCCUAAAAGGCUUUUCAGUGCACCUGAGCCAGAGAGCAUGAAAACCUGCCCAGGGGACAUGUCAGAUGCGGACUCAGUAGAUGACACCCAGACGGAGGCAUGUAGUGUCACCAGGUUGGCUCCACUGCAGAGACACCUGAUGAUGUCCCAGGAGGCAACAGCUAGUACCACAGGGAUCCUGUCAGGACUACCAGAAGGCAACAUGGCUCCAGCUCAGAGUGGUGCCAUAGACAUGAGAAUUGGUAUUAACAUGCCAGCCAUGAGUUCCAAACAGUCCCAGUUACCUGUCUCUCCGUUCUCUAGCCCAGAGAUCUCACACUGGCCCACGGCCAUCUCCCAGCCACUGUCCAACAGACUCAAACUGGGCUUUCGCUCCACUUUCCCUCUGUCAGCAUCAACCAGCAGCAGCCACAGCCACUCACCCAGCCACCAGGGCUUCUCCCUGGAGUCCUCCCUGUCAGGCCAAGCUGCAGCUCUGCCCAGAAACUCCCAGACCCCUCAGUGUCCGGAGCAUGUGGAGACCCAGGUCCAGUCACCUAAGGAGUCUCCCAGGAAGCGGAUUGGGAUGAGUGCUGAUGGACCUGGGCGUCUUCCAGAGGUUAAAGCCAUCCAGCAGACGAGGAGGCUUCUAGCCAACGCUAGGGAGAGGACCCGUGUCCACACCAUCAGUGCUGCAUUUGAGGCCCUGAGGAAGCAGGUGCCAUGUUACUCCUAUGGGCAGAAGCUAUCCAAGCUGGCCAUAUUACGUAUCGCCUGUAACUACAUCCUGUCUCUGGCUCAGUUGGCUGAGCUGGACUACAGUUCAGACCACAGCAGUCUGAACUUCUCUCAGUGUGUGGAGCAGUGUACCAGAACCCUUCAGGCUGAGGGCAGGAGCAAGAAGAGGAAGGUUGGGAGGAUGCCAGAGGAUGUGUGAUGUUUUCAGGCUACUGUUACCAGAAUCUUCUCUUCUUACUGAUGCAGGCUGCAUCGCUACAUGAUCACACUACCAGCCUCAGGCUCAGCUCAUCCGUUGUAUUGGGUUGAGCAAAUCAGGAUAGAGUGCAAGAUCCAGUUCCAUGGAGAACAAUAAUGGUCACUACAGAAACAAGUGAUAUGGAAGAAGCGCUACAUUAUGUAAUCAGCCAAAUGCAAGUGGCUAACAACUUUUUUUUUGCUUUCAUUGUGCCCGUAGUGCAUGCUGGGAUGGAACUGGCAGCUGGUGAUGAUGAUGAUUGUGAUGAUGACAACUAAUGGUAGACGUAUUUUUAAAAUAGAGUGGAAAAUUCAGUUCUAACUGACAUCUGGACUCUUCUAACACCAUCUGUAACCUGAGUUUUAUUUUGACAGUGUUUACAUAAAACUACACUUCGUACAUUGAAUGUUUUGAUGUUCAUCUUGAUUAAUGGUGAUUGUUACCGUGUUGUAUAUCACUCUAAGAAAUAUUAGUAAGCUUCUUGGUUCCUGAUGCUAAUUCAGAAUGAACUGUGAACAUUUAAGUUCUGAAGAUUUGACAGCUGGAUUGUUUUAGGGGUCUGGGUUUAUGUGUCCCAAACAUCCAGAGUACAGACUGUACAGAUGUUAGCUACAAGCAACGUACAUAUCUUAAACUUGCUGUUAACUUUCUUUCUCUUAUUGUCCUACUAACGUCUCUCUUUUUUCUUCUUUAUAUAAGACAACCAUGUGGAUCCAGAAACACUUUUUUUUUUUUGCUCAGAUUCACUUUGCACAGACAUGUUUUUGCCUUAAUUUGUGCCAGUUAGUAAGAAUUUGGCUCAAUUCAUGUCUUUCAUGAGCAUCUUUGAAAAUUUGCUUUGCCUUCAGUCUGCAUACACCUUAAGAGUGAAGGCACCAUUGGAAAUGAGUAAACUGUGCAACACCGCCUGUGUCUCCUCUCACAAGUAGCUUGCUUCAUACCGGUCGUGGUGUAAAUACGUGACCCAUAUGGAAGAAAAAAAUGUCCAGAAAGAUUUCAGAUCCAAAAAAUAAAUUAUAAUGUUCUUAUCAAACACCUGGUGAAGACCACAUCAUUACAUCAAGUCACUAUGAAGCUUACAAACAAUUUUUUUCUCUCAUUUACAUUAAGUUAAGCAGCUUGCUAUUCCAUAAUGCUUUGAGAGGUGAUUCACUCGCAGCUCACAGCGGUUGGUUCUUUAAGCUGUUUGUUAGAUGAUGAAUAAAAUCUCAUACACAAUGAUAAAUAAAAAUUCUUUGACCAGUGUUUUCUUUUGAAUAUUUUUCAAGCUGAAAGUGAAUCACCUCAUUGCCUGAUCUUCUUUAAAUGCUCACUUCAACCACAUUACAAAAAGACAUUUUUUUUCCUGCAGAUAGUUUUGGGUUUUAUUUGUCCAAGCAUUUAGAUAUCUGUGUCUGAGAUUUCUGCAUCCACCCAAAUGAAAUGACAUUAACCUCCAAUGCACUGGACUGGCAGGUUUUGAGUGGCACACAUCUCAAAAAUGUCAUCAUGGAUGCACAGGGCAGGAGUGUGAGAUCGUUUUUGCAGGUUCUGCUAGUUCUGCAUUUCAGUGAAAGAAUAGGGGUGGCAGAAUCUGGGAACAGGCUUGAUGGCAGGAUAAGGCAAUAGAUCACAUCAGCACAGCAUCACAUUGAGUAAUAGCAGGAGGACGUCUCUAGAGUCGGGUGAGCCUUCCCCAAAUUAAAAGCAUACACUAAUGACAUUACCAGCAUGUACCAAGCACCUUCUGGAUAAACUCCAUAACAUCAAAUGGACAUAAAUGAAAAUCAAACCCAGUGAAUCCCACAAUGUUUCCAUGGUCAAGGGCAGGCUCACACAAGGUCUGAACCGAUGAAAAACCUUUGCCAACAGUCCUGAGGAAACCAAUUAAAACCCUUCACCAAUGGUACAAUGCAAAUGUUAAAGACACUGAGCAGGUGCAACUCAGACAAGACACAAGCACAGUGUAGAUCAGCCUGCUGAUUUAUGACUGUGGUAUUUAACAUGAAAUGAUAAUUGUAUGGAUCAUUGCGAUAAAAUCACACUCUUUUAAACAUAGAAAGCAUGUUGACUGUAGAUGAGUUUCCUCUUGUUGGUACAUUUGAAUGCUUGAACUAUGGGAUCAGUGCUGGUGUGAUUAUAACUUGGUGUUAAUGUAACGUGAAUUAAAUGUAACAAGCCUACAGGGGUGAGAAUUUGACGUCAGAGUACAUAUUUACUAAUGUGCACUUAGUAUAAAACUAAGUCAGUCUAAUCAUUUAAUAAAUUCCCUCCAUGAAGGUGCGAAUGUUCAGUGGGAGCUGAAUCUGUUUUAAAGAGGCAUUCAUUCAGUUUCAUGGUCAUUUUGAGGAGGCAGUUUGUGCUGCUGUUGAAUUGUAUUGCAUUAUACUGACAGGUGUUUCUAUUAUUUUGUCCAUCCCAUUGAAGUCAGUGUAAAAGAGAGGAAAAUACCACAAAAUGUAUCUGUGUGUGUGUGUGUACAUUUAGAUCAUUUGUGGAUAUUUGAUAUAAAUGUCCUUUCAGACACGUUCUCUUCUCUUUCUCUCCUUUUACAUGUGGAAUGAUUAUGUGUUUUCCAUCUGUUCCUUGUAGAUUCCAACAUUAACCACCUCAGAAUAAACAGCA